CUUCAUGGGGUUAUAAUGGAGGGGUAUGGGCCCCAGGUUAUGGGCAAGAUCUUCUUUGGCAACCACCCUGGCGCUGUGCCGUUCAUCCACGGUGGAUGGGGAAAGAGAGACGGCCGGUUUCUGACCCCCAGCGGCCUCAGUUACCUGGAACUCUGCAAAGUGAUCCUAUCAGAAGUGCAUCCGUACGUCGGCCCUGGGUUUAAGAAGACCGACACUAAAGAAUGCGGCGUUCAAGUGAAUUUCAAAGUAGAGAAGAUAACCCAGUGUUCGCUAGGCCCCAAAACGCUGUAUUCCCAGGAGAGGGGCGCCAGCUCUCCUAGGAGUCCAGACUGCCCCACACCGGGGGGCAAAGCGCCGUUCAACACGCCAGUCAACAACGUGCGCUUCUCCCGACCCCUCUCCAUCUACUCACCGGUGUUUGACCGCAGAAACUUCCGGAAGUCGGUGAGCUGCAGCGAAGACGGUGGGUAUGAAGCGCGGGACGGAUCCGUGGAACUAGUGGAUGGCGAGAAGAAGGUCCUUGGAACCGAGAAGGACCCUUCCGUAAACGUGGGUAACCCCCCGCAUCAGGCGUUUAAGGGGUCGAACUUUCAGUUCCUGGAGCAGAGAUUUGGCCAUUUCCACUGCAGAAAGUGUAACAUCCGGUGGGAGAGUGCUUAUGUCUGGUGCAUCUCUGGAACAAGUAAGGUGUAUUACAAGCAGCUCUGCCGGAAGUGUCGGUUGGGAAUAAAUCCCUACAAAGUGGAAUCCAUUAUCUGGCAGGGCUGCCUGCUUACGUCGUGGGGCGGCGACAUGAAGCCCAGGCGCGUCAACAUGGCCCGCCCCCACCGGCAGGAUCUGUGUGGCCGCUGCAAGGGAGCGCGGCUGUCCUGCGACGCAACCUACAGCUUCAAGUACAUCGUCUGAGCGGCGGUCAGCGACGCCACCUGCAGCUUCAAGUACAUGGUCUGAGCCUGGGGCCGUUAACAACCAGACUGGCGUCGUUACAACUGGACCUUUUUUGUCUCCACCCUCCUCCUGCCUAGCCAUUGGUGUAUUUUAAAACCAUUCCCAGUGAGGCCAAGCACGGACUUGAUGACUGAAUUUCUUCAGUGGAUCGCCAAAGGGUUGGCAUUUGGAUGGACGUUCAUGAGCACUUGGCUCAUCUUCCGACUGGUUUUUGUAGAAAAAUUUAAAAAUAAUAAAAAGUAUUGCAGCAAAA